AUGAUGGAAUACCUGGUAAUCCUGGACAAAAAGGUGAUAUUGGAGGACGGUGUAACGAAUGUCGACCUGGAAGUAUGGGCGAAAAAAGGAGACCGCGGUGCUGACGGUCUUCCUGGUGAACGAGGUGAACGAGGUCACAUUGGACCCAUCGGAAUGACUGGGGAGCGUGGUGCUGACGGUAUGAAUGGAAUGCCUGGAGCAGCUGGAGCACCGGGUGAACGUGGAUUGGAUGGACCAAUAGGACCACCAGGAAUGAGGGGAGCAGAUGCAAUGAUACCAUCGAAUUUAGUUAAAGGACCUCCCGGAGAAAGAGGUGAACCAGGAGAAAAAGGAAACAUGGGACCUAAGGGUGAAAGAGGGCCUGAUGGAAUAAUGGGUGAUCGUGGAUUAAAUGGAAUGCCGGGACAGAAGGGUGACAUGGGUAGAAUGGGACCCGCUGGUAUAGAUGGUACACCUGGUAGUGAUGGAAUACCUGGACGGCCAGGAAUGAAAGGCAUGUCAAUCAAAGGUGAGAAAGGACUAUCUGGUGAUCAGGGUGAAAAAGGUGACAAAGGAUUCUCUGGAAGACCAGGACUUAAAGGUGAACCUGGUCAAUGUCCCAAUGAGUUAAAAAUUCGCACAAAGGGAGAAAAAGGCAACCCUGGAGUUCCAGGACCACAAGGACCUUUAGGUAUGAAGGGUGAAAAAGGUAAUCAAGGACCAUUCGGUUUUACUGGUCCAAAGGGAGAAAUGGGUUUACAAGGACGAGCUGGACCAGUAGGUCCACGUGGUCUUCCGGGUUUCAAAGGCGACAAAGGUGAAAUGGGUUCAAUGGGAUUUCCGGGAACACCAGGGGAUUUAGGACCUAGAGGUUUUCCAGGAUUACCAGGAUUGAAAGGAGACAAAGGUGAGAUUGGUCCCUCUAUGCCUGGACCUCCUGGACCCGCUGGAUUAAAAGGAGAUAAGGGAGAACAAGGACCAAGAGGUCAACCUGGAAUAGAAGGAAAGGAUGGUCCACCAGGAUUGGCUGGCCUGCAAGGUGAAAAGGGUGAUAUGGGAUUAAUAGGAAGACAAGGUUAUCCAGGACCUAUUGGUUUAAAGGGUGAACCGGGCCCUAUAGGACCAUCCGGAGUUCCGGGUAUUCCUGGAACGCCAGGAAGAGAUGGACCUAAAGGUCAACAAGGAUUCCCCGGCCCACCUGGUAAACCUGGAGUGAUUGGAUUACCUGGACAAAAGGGUGAACCAGGUAUUCAAGGCCCAGAUGGUCCUAAAGGUUUCCCAGGACCUCGUGGUCAUGUUGGUAUGCAAGGACAAACUGGUCUUGAUGGAAGCCCCGGUGAAAAAGGAGAUAAGGGAGAUAUAGGAUUCCCGGGUGAGCCUGGAAGACCUGGUCUUGACGGCCCUAGAGGUUUGACUGGUGCACCUGGUGAGAAAGGUGAUAUGGGUUUCCCAGGAAACCCUGGGUUGAAUGGGUUUAUUGGACCAGUUGGCCCAAGAGGUGAUAUGGGCUUCAAGGGUUCCAGAGGACCAAAAGGAGAACCUGGAUUAGCUUCAGAAAAGGGAGAAAAGGGAGAUCAAGGUUUCCCAGGUUUACCUGGUGUCGAUGGAAGACCUGGGCAAGAUGGAGAAAAAGGUGACAAAGGUUUUCCUGGUUAUCCAGGUCAAGGCAUUCCAGGAAGUCAAGGUGAAAAGGGAGAUGCAGGUUUGCCUGGAAAAAUCGGUUUACCUGGUAUACCUGGCGAUAAAGGCGACCGAGGUUUUCCAGGACUGGCAGGUCUGAAGGGAGAAAGAGGGCCUGUAGGCAAAGAUGGCUUGCCAGGAAUGCCAGGAAGGGAUGGUAGUCCUGGUGCUCCAGGGCAAGACGGUUUUUACCAGGAAAGGAUGGUGAAAAGGGCGAAAGAGGUGAUCGAGGAUUACCAGGGCGUGAUGGUCUUGAUGGCUUGA